AUGGCCGACCCGAUCGCGUUCCCUCCCUUUCUCUCGUCGACCCCGUCCGCCUCGAGCAGCCGCUCGACCUCGCCCGCGUCCUCGUCGCGCUCGUCGUCCGCCCUCACCUUGAGCGGCGACACGCCCUGUCCCUCGCGCCCGCUCUCGAUCCUCGAAAAGGACGAGUGGGACGCCCCUACCCGGGUCGGCUCGCCCGCACCAUCCAUCUGCGGGGACAAGAAGGGGGCGGCACUGGGCGACGCCGAGAAGGCCGGCGAGGAGCGCGAGGGCCCGAGCGCCGACGUCGACGAGUUCCCCGAGGGCGGGCUGCGCGCCUGGCUCUGCGUCGCCGGCAGCACGCUCGUCCUCCUCACGACGUUCGGCUUCUCCAACUCGUUCGGCGCGUUCAUGAGCUACUACGCCACGCACCAGCUCGCCGCCUACACGACGAGUCAGAUCAGCUGGAUCGGCAGCGCGCACCUGUUCAUCACGUUUUCGUGCGCGUUCGGCGCCGGCGUCCUGUUCGACCGCGGCUACUUCCGGUACCAACUCGCGCUCGGCACGGUCGGCUGGCUCGCCGGCAUCUUUGGCCUGUCGUUCGCCGAGUCGUUCGCCACCAUCUUCGUGUGCCAGGCCGUCAUCAUGGGCCUGUCGCUCGGCCUCUUCUUCUCGCCCUGCCUAUCGAUCCUCGGCACCUACUUUCGCCGCCGGCGCGCAUUCGUCGUCGGCAUCGCCGCGAGCGGUACCGCCAUUGGCGCCGUCGUCUUCCCGGUCCUCCUCGGGCAGAUGUUUGAGAAGAAGGGCUUUGCGUGGGCCGUCCGGGCAGCCGGCUUCAUGAUGCUGGGCCUCCUCGUCAUCGCCAACUGCAUCAUCCGGCCACGCAAGGUCAAGUCGCAGGCGCUCCCGUCGUCGCCGUCGCCGUCGCGCGCGCCCGCUCAGGCCUCGCUCGCGACCGCGCUGCGCAAGAUCGUGCGCCAGCCCUCGGCGUGGCUCGUGUGCCUCGGCGUGUUUGGCGUCUACGUGUCGUGCUUCAUCCCGCUGUUCUACGUCGGCCUCUUUGCGCGCGAGUACUCGGGCCCGGGCCCCAUCGCCACCUACGCCCUCUCGAUCAUCAACGCCGUCGCCUUCUUUUCGCGCAUCGGCUCGGGCCUCGUCGCCGACCGCCUCGGCACCUUCAACACGGCGAUCCCGCUCGGCGCCCUCGUCGCCGUCCUCACGUUCGCCAUGAGGGCCGCGACGUCAACGGCCGGCCUCGCUGUCUGGCUCGUCCUGUUCGGCUUCGCCCAGGGCGGGUGGAUCUCCGUGUCGGCGGCGUGCUUCAUGAGCCUGGCCGACAACGCCGGCGAGAUUGGCCUGCGCUCCGGCAUCGGCUUCUUCUUUGUCGCCCUCGCGACCCUUAUCGGCUCGCCCAUCGCCGGCGCGCUCCUCGCCGCCACCGACGGCAGCUACGUCGCGGCGCUGUGCUUCGGCGGCGGCAUGGCCGUCGCUGGGUGCGCGCUGCUCGUCCUCGGCCGGGCGACCCAGGUCAGGAGGCGCUCGAGCCAGUGGGUUUGA